UCAAUCGCGAUUUUUUUCCAGAGAACAGAGAGUUCAAUAUAAGUGAAGCCGUCUGGCAAAAGUUAAAAAUUAUCUUUUAUUUUCGCGUGUUUUCCUUAAAAAACAAGUUGUAUUUAUUUGCGAACAUCAGCUUCACCUAUUAAAACACGAAAUCAUUGGAAGUAAGUGGAUUUGCUGCUCAACGCAGAAAAUCAAGCUAUUCCUUGUCAGUGAGCCGCAUCGUUGAACGUGAGGAAAAUCAAAGAUGGCAGCGCAGUCCAUCAAUAAAACCGGCUCCGGCUGGCCGAGACGAACCAGCCAGGGAACAAUGAACGACCUCAAACAACAAGCUAAUCAAUCAAUGACGUUGAAUCGGACCAUUAAUCUCUAUCCGCUAACAAAUUACACAUUCGGCACAAAGGAACCACUUUUUGAGAAAGACCCAUCUGUGCCGGCUCGAUUCCAAAGAAUGCGAGACGAAUUUGAUAAAAUCGGAAUGCGUCGUUCCGUUGAAGGAGUUUUGCUGGUUCAUGAGCAUGGUCUUCCACACGUUUUGCUGUUGCAACUUGGAACCACAUUCUUUAAACUACCGGGAGGCGAAUUAAGUGCCGGCGAGGAUGAAGUUGAAGGCCUCAAACGAUUACUCACCGAGACUCUAGGCCGACAGGACGGCGUCAAGCAGGACUGGAUCGUCGAGGACACCAUCGGUAACUGGUGGCGGCCGAACUUCGAGCCACCGCAGUACCCGUACAUUCCGCCACACAUCACCAAGCCGAAGGAGCACAAGCGCCUGUUUCUGGUACAACUGCACGAGAAGGCUCUUUUUGCCGUACCGAAGAACUACAAGCUAGUAGCGGCGCCCUUGUUCGAACUGUACGAUAACUCCCAAGGAUAUGGUCCGAUUAUAUCGUCACUUCCGCAGGCAUUGUGUCGAUUUAACUUCAUCUAUAUGUAAGCAGCUCUGUUGCACGUGUUUCAUUGUGGAGGAUCUUCGGUGUUGACGGCAAUAGUAACUUACCCAGAAGCGAGAGAACCGUCAGCGCGAAAGGUUUAAAGUCGAAAUGAAAACUCUCAUACAUCUGUAAUUUGGGUAGAAUCUAUAUUUUGAAUGCUUUGGAGCAGAUACAUACACACAUCUGUUUGCGUGAGAAUGAUGAGAGCGCGGUAAUUUUAGCAUAUGAACAAUUUGUCACUUACUACUGAAUAGUGUAGGCAAAUAGAAUAUUGAUUGUCGACUACA